GACAGUCGGCAGCGGCCUCUGAGCAGAUCGUCUCUCCUUGUUCGCCCAGCUCGCUCAGCUCCUUCCAGCAACCAUGUCUGACAAACCCGAUAUGGCUGAGAUCGAGAAAUUCGAUAAGUCGAAGUUGAAGAAGACAGAAACACAAGAGAAAAAUCCUCUGCCUUCAAAAGAAACAAUUGAACAAGAGAAGCAAGCUGGCGAAUCGUAAUGAGGCGAGCGCCGCCAAUAUGCACUGUACAUUCCACGAGCAUUGCCUUCUUAUUUUACUUCUUUUAGCUGUUUAACUUCGUAAGAUGCAAAGAGGUUGGAUCAAGUUUAAAUGACUGUGCUGCCCCUUUCACAUCAAAGAAUCAGAACUACUGACCAGGAAGGCCUCCCCCCGCCUCUCCCGCCCACCUGCUGGCCUGGCUGGCAGAGAGGGAAAAGAACUUGCAUGUUGGUGAAGGAAAAAGCUGGGUGGGAGAUGGUGGAAUUGAGAGUAAAAUAAAGAUGUCUUGCAGGAUAUAAAAUGCAGUUUAAUCAGAGUGCCAUUUUUUUUUGUUCAAACGAUUUUAAUUAUUGGAAUGCACAAUUUUUUUAAUAUGCAAAUAAAGUUUUAAAACCUG